AUGGGUUUUCACAAUGGUGAUCUCUUGGAGUUUUGGGCUCCUUUUCUUUUGGUGCAUCUUGGUGGCCCAGACACUAUCACUGCUUUUUUUGUUGAGGAUAACCAAUUGUGGUUUAGGCACUUGCUUGCAUUCAUAACCCAGGCCGUUGCUACUGGUUAUGUGUUCAUCAAAACACUUCCCAGAAACAGGGUUGUGAUCCCAACAACGCUCUUGUUUAUAGUAGGGAUAAUCAAAUAUUUGGAGAGCACUUCUUCUUUGUAUUUUGCGAGCAAGGAUAAAUUCAAAGAUUCCAUGCUCAUAAAUCCAGAUCCUGAUGUCAAUUAUGUCAAGCUUUCGGAGGAAAAAAGAGGCUUAGACAAUGUCAAAGUGGUGGAGGAGGCUUACGAGUUCUUCAAAAUCUUCAAGAGACUUAUUGUUGAUCUCAUCCUCAGCUUCAAGGAGCGUGAUGAGAGCCAAAACUUUUUCAAUAGCAUAUCUACAGAAGAUGCUUUCAAAGUAAUAGCCGGAGAGCUCAACUUCUUGUAUGAAGUUCUCUACACGAAAGUAGUGAUUGUUCACUCCAAGUGGGGCAUGUUUUUCCACUUCAUAUCAUUUGGUUCAGUCGUGUUAUCCCUUACUAUCUUCCAUUUCCAGGUAAAAAAGUAUGCUUUCGACAAGUUUGGUGUUAAGCUUACUUAUUCUCUGCUGUUUGGUGCCAUAGGACUUGAUAUAUUAUCAUUCUUCAUGGCCAUUUUCUCAAAGCCCGACAGAUGGUGGUAUCUUGGAGAAUUCACUGUGCCUAGAGAAAGAUCACCUCAUUGGGCAUUGAAUCUCUUCAGAAUAUCACCUCAAUGGGCAUUGAGUCUCUUCGGAAACUUCAUCAGUCUAAAAAAAUCAAAGAAGGUUGAUCUUGAACCAGACAAACAUGCAACUUUGACUGUGCCGUUUCUGUUUCGCAUGUGGUAUGAAUCUGUAGGGGCCUUGCCAAUUACUGAGGAUUUAGCUCUGUCUAUUGAUAAGGGGCACUUGCCCAUUGAUGAGGGGCACUUGCCCAUUGUAGUGAAGAGAGGCUUCGGCCUAAGAUGGAGAAAUGACAUAGAAUUUAAGAGGAAGGGAUUCUUGUCCAUUGAUGAGAGGGCUCUAGCCCUUGUAGUUGAAGGCACCCUUUGUGUGGAAGAUGGCAUGCCCGUUGAUAGAGGGGCCUUGCCAAUUACUGAGGAUUUGGCUCUGCCCAUUGAUGAGGAGCACUUGCCUAUUGCAUUUACACGCUUCCGCGUUGCACAACACAAUCAUUCAUAUUUGGGAAUUGAUAAAAGUUUUCAUCAAUGUGGCAUCACCAACAAUUUCUGUCAGUGCAUAAAGACUAGACCUAAAAAGGUCACUCGGUUUUCGUGCAUUGAUAAAGCCAUCCAGUGCCUGAAUGCUUUCAAGGAUCGACUCAUUGAUCUUGUGGGCCUCAAGGAUUUUCUGGAUGAGAUAACAUAUGUUUCCAGCAAGCCACUGACAAUGGAGCUCUGGGAAUAUAUUUUCGGUGAGCUGCAAAAGAGAUCUCGGUUGAUAGAUGAUGCAGAAACUGUCAGGAAAAUAUGUUCGGCUAGAGGUGACUGGGUUCUUCAAAAUAAUGGUUUGGAUAAACAAAGGAGUGACGAGUUAAUAUCUUAUGUUCUUGCUGUCCCUUAUGACGAGAGCAUCCCGAUGUGGCACAUUGCAACUGAGCUCUUGAUCAAUGAUAAAAAGGAGAGAGAAAAUAAGAGUAAUGAAAGAGAAUUCAGUAAAAUUUUGUCAGAUUACAUGCUGUAUCUUUUAAUUAUGCAGUCGACAAUGAUGGCUACUGUGGCAGGAAUUUUUGAGGUAAGGUUUAAAGAUACCUGUGCUGAUGCUGAAAGAUUUUUUAGAAAGAGAGGCAUAAGAUCAUAUUAA